AUGUCGCAGCGAACGUGCACGUCCGCUCUAGUCGAGGGAGCCGGGUGGCCUGAGGCCCGCGCGGCCGGAAAGGGGCGCCACUCGCUGCUGCUGCCUGCCCCCCGCCCCCUGCUCGCACGCCGCGGCCCCACGUGGACCCGAGCCCCACCAACGCCGACUGCCGGGUGCCUCGGCAGAACUUUCCCACCGGGACUUCCGCUUCCGGCCGCAUACUCACACUUCCGGUUUGCCGUUGCUAUAGGAACCGCUCCGGCGUCCGAAAGAGCCGGGUUGCUCGGGACCCAUAGGGGUUCUACUCCUGGAUACACGCGUGGUCUGGUGACCCAAAGAGAAGACGCCAAAGCAAACUCUUUGCCGGGUACCAUGUCGACCGUGGUGGCUCAGUCGCUGCAUGUUUUUGGUCUUCGAUCCCACGUGGCCAACAAUAUCUUUUUCUUCGAUGAACAAAUCAUUAUAUUUCCUUCAGGAAAUCACUGUGUGAAGUACAAUGUGGAUCAGAAGUGGCAAAAAUUCAUUCCAGGCUCAGACAAGAGUCAGGGCAUGCUGGCCUUGUCCAUCAGUCCCAAUCGGCGAUACCUCGCCAUCUCCGAGAUCGUGCAAGAAAAACCCGUCAUCACCAUUUACGAACUGUCAUCCAUCCCUUGCCGGAAGCGCAAAAUCCUUAAUAAUUUUGACUUCCCCGUUCAGAGAUUUAUUAGCAUGGCUUUUUCUCCAGACUCCAAAUACCUGUUGACUCAGACAUCACCUCCGGAGUCGAACCUUGUCUAUUGGCUGUGGGAAAAACAGAAAGUAAUGGCUAUCAUUAGAACGGACUCUCAGAACAAUGCUGUCUACCAGGUACCUCCCAACAUAACAAGUAUCGUGCAAGUUUUAAAACUAGUGAGCUUCAAUCCCCAGGAUAACACUCAGGUCUGUGUCACUGGCAAUGGGAUGUUUAAGCUUCUCCGCUUUGCCGAGGGCACCCUGAAGCAAACCAAUUUUCAGAGGGGAGAACCCCAAAACUAUCUAGCCCACACGUGGGUGUCUGAAGACAAGAUCAUUGUCGGCACGGAUACAGGCAGGCUCUUCCUCUUUGAAUCUGGAGAUCAACGCUGGGAGACCAGUAUAAUGGUCAAGGAGCCCACCAGCGAGACCAGGAACCUGGAGGUGAUCCGGGAAUCGGAGAGCCUGAUCGAAUUUCCGACAAUCAGUUCUCCGGUCCCUUCCUAUGAGCAGGUCAUGAUGGCCAGUAACAACAGCCAGCUGGCCAUGCCCCAGGUGUUCGCCAUUGCAGCCUAUUCAAAGGGAUUCGCCUGUGCCGCUGGGCCGGGGAGAGUUCUCCUGUUUGAGAAGAUGGAAGAGAAGGAUAUUUACCGGGAGAGCAGGGAAAUCCGGAUUCCGACGGACCCACAGAGCAAUGAGCGGAGUCAGUCGGACAAACAGGACAUCCUCUGCAUGUGCUUCAGCCCCUCAGAGGAAACCCUGGUCGUCAGCACCAGCAAGAACCAACUGUACAGCAUCACCAUGUCCCUGACGGAGAUUAGCAAGGGGGAGCCUGCUCACUUCGAGUAUCUGAUGUACCCCUUGCACUCCGCAGCCAUCACCGGGCUAGCCACGUGCAUCCGCAAACCCUUCAUUGCCACCUGCUCUCUGGAUCGAUCCGUUCGCAUCUGGAAUUAUGAAUCAAACACUCUGGAGCUAUUUAAGGAAUACCAGGAAGAGGCUUAUACAAUCAGCCUUCAUCCAUCGGGGCACUUUGUUGUCGUAGGAUUUGCUGACAAACUACGCCUUAUGAAUCUACUCAUUGAUGAUAUACGUUCUUUCAAAGAAUAUUCUGUCAGAGGAUGCAGAGAGUGUUCCUUUAGCAAUGGAGGUCACCUGUUUGCUGCGGUCAGUGGAAAUGUGAUUCACAUUUUUGCCACUACCAGCCUGGAGAACAUCUCGAACCUGAAAGGACACACCGGGAAGGUUCGCUCGGUUGUGUGGAACGCGGAUGACAGCAAACUGAUCUCUUGCGGCACAGACGGUGCUGUCUAUGAAUGGAAUCUGUCCUCAGGAAAGAGAGAGACAGAAUGCGUUCUCAAGUCCUGCAGUUACAACUGUGUUACUGUCUCCCCCGAUGCCAAAAUUAUCUUUGCAGUUGGAUCAGACCAGACCCUCAAGGAGAUUGCAGACUCUUCGAUCCUUCGAGAGAUAUCAGCCUUUGAUGUCGUCUACACAGCCAUCGUCAUCUCGCAUUCUGGGCGCAUGAUGUUUGUGGGCACCUCGGUGGGAACCAUCCGUGCGAUGAAGUACCCGCUGCCUCUGCAGAAAGAAUUCAAUGAGUACCAGGCCCAUGCGGGUCCUAUCACCAAGAUGUUGCUCACCUUUGAUGACCAAUUCCUGCUGACUGUUGCUGAAGAUGGCUGCCUGUUUACCUGGAAGGUCUUUGAUAAGGAUGGUCGAGGAAUCAAGCGAGAGAGGGAGGUGGGCUUUGCCGAAGAGGUGCUCAUUACUAAAACAGACAUGGAAGAGAAGGCUCAGAUCAUGCUGGAGCUGAAGACUCGUGUGGAAGAGUUAAAAAUGGAGAAUGAGUAUCAGCUGCGACUGAAGGAUAUGAACUAUUCUGAGAAGAUUAAGGAGCUAACAGAUAAGUUCCUGCAGGAAAUGGAGUCCUUGAAAACGAAAAACCAGGUUUUAAAAACAGAAAAAGAAAAGCAGGAUGUGUUCCAUCGCGAACGCAUCGACGACCUCCUAGACAAACAGAGCCAGGAACUGCAGGACCUGGAGUGUUGCAACAACCAAAAGUUGCUUCUAGAAUAUGAGAAGUACCAGGAAUUGCAGCUCAAGUCCCAGAGGAUGCAGGAGGAGUAUGAGAAACAGCUUCGGGAUAAUGAUGAGACCAAGAGCCAGGCCCUGGAGGAGCUGACGGAGUUUUAUGAGGCCAAACUUCAGGAAAAAACUACCCUUCUGGAAGAGGCACAGGAAGACGUCAGGCAGCAGCUGCGAGAGUUUGAAGAGACCAAGAAACAGAUCGAAGAAGAUGAAGACCGAGAAAUCCAAGAUAUCAAAACCAAGUAUGAGAAAAAGCUUCGGGAUGAAAAGGAAUCAAACCUGCGACUCAAAGGAGAAACCGGCAUCAUGAGGAAGAAGUUCAGCAGCCUGCAGAAGGAGGUUGAAGAGCGAACCAAUGACAUUGAGAGCCUGAAGAGGGAGCAGGUGAAGCUGCAAGGGGUCAUUCAGUCCCUGGAGAAGGACAUCCUGGGCCUCAAGCGGGAAAUCCAGGAAAGAGAUGAGACGAUUCAAGAUAAGGAGAAGCGCAUCUAUGAUCUGAAAAAGAAAAACCAAGAACUGGAGAAAUUCAAGUUUGUACUCGACUACAAAAUAAAGGAGCUGAAGAAGCAAAUAGAACCACGAGAGGAUGAGAUCAAGGUGAUGAAGGAACAGAUUCAGGAGAUGGAAGCAGAAUUGGAGCGUUUCCAUAAGCAGAACACGCAGCUGGAGCUGAACAUCACGGAACUGUGGCAGAAACUAAGAGCCACUGAUCAGGAGAUGCGCAGAGAGAGACAGAAGGAGCGGGACCUGGAGGCGCUGGUCAGACGGUUUAAGACAGACCUUCACAACUGCGUAGCGUACAUCCAGGAACCCCGGCUCCUGAAGGAGAAGGUCCGAGCUCUCUUCGAGAAGUACGUGCAGCGGGCAGACAUGGUGGAGAUCGCAGGGCUGAACACGGACCUGCAGCAGGAGUACGCCCGUCAGCGGGAGCACCUGGAGAGAAACCUGGCCACUCUCAGGAAAAAGGUGGUCAAGGAGAGUGAGCUGCGCCGCACCGAUUAUGUCCGCAUCAUGCAGGAAAAUGUCUCCCUGAUCAAGGAGAUCAAUGAGCUCCGUAGGGAGCUGAAGUUCACCCGCUCCCAAGUCUAUGACCUUGAAGCAGCUUUGAAACUGACCAAGAAAAUCCGACCACAAGAUGUUCCAGAGACAGUGCCCAGCGAGGCCAUGCCCAGCAUCGCUCCCACCAUGAGACUGAAUGAGCAAGAAGAAACUGGGAGAAUCAUCGAAAUGCAACGCCUAGAAAUCCAGCGCCUCCGAGAGCAGAUCCAAGAGCAAGAGCAGAUCCCGGGCUUCCACCCGCUCUCUGUCGUCCGGCUUCCUUCCCUCCUUGAGUCAGAAGUGGACUUUGAGGUGCAGACCAAGUGACCCCCUCUGACCAUUCGCAUCGGCUGUGGCCAGACGGGGUGAGCUCCCAAGCAAGCCUCCCCUCGCCAUCCUGUUCUCCUGGCACUGAGGACCCUGCCUCACAGGAGGUCCUAGCAUCAGCAUCUACCUUUCCCCACUGCUUUUUACACAAGGCAUGACCAGUCCUUACCCGACAGCUGCUCCCAGGAGGUGCCUGAGGAGCCCCGGUGGGCCUGGGAAUAUGUGUGUGUCCAGGUAGGACUCCCUUGCCAUCACUGUUCUGGAUUUGGAAAGAUCAGAGAGAAGGAUGUCCGGACCAGGGGUGGGGUUCCUUCCCCCGGAGCUGUGUAGGGGCGAGCUCCUCUAGACCAUUGGAGGUUCAAGAUCCACUUAUGCUUUGAGCACACCUAAGAUACCGACUCCCCUGAGCUGAACUGGAAUGGGAGCCGAUGUACGAGGAGGUGACCCUGCUGUGUGCCAGGCAGCAGGAAGAACUAACAUUCCCGAUCCCCCACGAUGACCAGUCAGAUACAGGAAUGUGUACCUGUUGUUCAUGUGGGAUUUGGCAGGGGUGCUGGGUGUCCACUAGGACUUAACCUAGCCCCUACUGUGUGUACUGAUGUAAUAAAUGUAUUAAAAGUGGGACUGGGAGAGUCCAGUUCUGAACAGAAGAACUAUGGAUGCCCUUCUUUAGUUACAAGUAGCAAAACCCAACUCCAGCCAGUUUAAGCCACUAGGGAAAUCACUGGGCUGGGGGCGAGAAGGGGGGGCGGUCUUAGGGAAUCUCAAGGCAGAGAUACAAUCAGGCCUCAAAAGAAACUUGCACCAGGGCCUGGCUGGACCACCCCUCCUUCUCUUGUCCUUCCCCCUUCUCUGCAGACCACUUUCCAUCCCCAGUUCAGGUGGGGCUAGGUACUUCAGCAUCUCAUUAGUACAUGCCCCAAAGCUGAAAUGGAAUCUCUAGUCUGAUUUUAAAAUGCCAAAAGCAGGGGCGCCUGGAUGGCUCGGUCGGUUGACCGUCCGACUCCAGCUCAGGUCGUGAUCCCACAGUCUGUGAGUUCGAGCCCUG